AUGACGUGCCUCCCCUCUGCCCUUCCCCGCUCCCACCCCCCCACCGCUCCCACCCCUUUCCCCUCUUACACCCGUCCUCCCCGUCCCUCCCCCCUCGCGCCCCCACCCAAGCCCCACCGCAUUCCUGGCGGGGGGCAUGCGCACGAGGGAGUACAGGCGGGGGCACUGACGCCGGGGUACAGGCGGGUGCACGAGCUGCUGAAACUGGUGGCGGACGAUGGCGGAGAGGGGGGGGAAGGGGGGAAUGCGGAAGGGGUGGAUGGGCACGGGGGAAGGGUGGAGAGCUGGUCGCUAGGCUCGGGACCGGGGUCGUUAGGCUCGGGGCCAGGUUCGGCAAUGUCCAUGGCGCAGCAGAAGGCGAAGGUGCUUCAGCAGCGGAUGCAGCAGAGGGGCCUUUUAUCCUCGUCUGAAGCAUCUUCAUUACAACCACAAUCCGGCAGCAGCGAAGCUGGGCUUUCGUCCCCAGCACCCACUCCCUCCUCUUCCUCCGCCUCCUCUGCUCCCCCUUCCUACUCCCCCUCCUUCAACCCCUCCUCCACCCCCUUCUUCUCCUCCUCCUCUCCUUCCCCCUCCCCUUCUCCCUCCCCCUCUCCCUCCCCCUCCCCCUCCUCCUCCUCUCCUCCCAUCACCCCCAUACCCCUCUCAAGCACCCAAGACACAAGCAGCGAUAGUGACACCGACAUUGGUGACAGUAAUGAAGGUGAUGGGUACAUUGCACCGGAAGUCGCCUGGCUGUUCCCAAGCCUGAAUCUCGACCUGAGCAAGCUGGACUCAGCCAGCGAAUCAGAGAGUGAAGCAGGGGAAGGAGAGGAGGAGGGAGCGGAAGCAUGGGAAAGAAAGGGAAGGGCAGUGCGAAGUGAGGUGAGGGAGGUGGAGGUAAAGGCGGAGGAGGCGAAGGAAAAUGAGGAGGAGGUGGAAGAGGAGGCAGGGGAGGAGGAGGAGUGGGGUGAAGAGGAGGAGGAGGAGGAGGAGGAGGAGGAGGAGGAGGAGGAGGAGGAGGAGGAGGAGGAGGAGGAGGAGGAGGAGGAUAGCUUCUGGAGGAGCAGGAUGUACGAUGGUAUCCCUGACGACGCACGCUCGCAGGCUCGGGAGGCGAUAAACCGAUUGGCUGUUGAGUCAAGCGACACCUUUCUCUCCUCGCCUGCUUACAACACGCCCCGAGCCCUGCCUCCCCCUCCCACCCCCGUCACUCCUCACGAAGCUUCCUCGAAGCUUCAAUAUGAUCAUAGCGGCAGCAGCAGGAGCGAGGGGAGCGGGGGCAGCAGUGGGAGUGCGGGCGAUGGAGAGUGGGCGGGCGGCAUGGAGGCAUGGGAAGCUGAAGCCAUGGCGGAAGCAGAGAGACUGGCGGCCAGUCAGGUGAGUGGGGACGAAGGGGCAUUUACGCGCGUCAAGGGAGGAGGAGCUUUCAGUCAUAAUGCGGGAAAUGGAGGAGGCCAAGAGGCCAAGGUAGGAGAGUGGGUGGGUGUGGAGGAGGAGGAGCUUUCAGUCAUAAUGCGGGAGAUGGAAGAGGCCAAGAUUGUGGGUGCGAGUGUGGGUGCGUGUGAGAGUGUGGGUGCGAGUGUGGGUGUGUGUGAGAGUGUGGGUGCGAGUGUGGGUGUGUGUGAGAGUGUGGGUGCGAGUGUGGGUGCAAGUGUGGGUGUGUGUGAGAGUGUGGGUGCGAGUGUGGGUGUGUGUGAGAGUGUGGGUGCGAGUGUGGGUGUGUUUGAGAGUGUGGGUGCGAGUGUGGGUGCAAGUGUGGGUGUGUGUGAGAGUGUGGGUGCGAGUGCUCGUGGGUGCGAUGAUACCACCAUCUCCUCUCUCACCGCACCCUCUCUCACCGCACCCUCUCUCACCUUAACCUCUCUCAUUGCACCCACAUUCCAACUGAUGAAGGCGAAUGCAGAGAGCGAGCUGGCGCUGGUGCUGAGAGCUCUCUCAGUGCAUCCCCCUCUCUGCUUUGCGCCCUCCCUCACUGUUCUCACUCCUCCACGCUCAUACCAUGCAGGCACAGCGCAGUUCCACAUAAUGAAGGCCAACGCAGAGAGUGAGCUGGCGCUGGCACGGCAGGCGGUGCUGGAGAGAGACGUCAAGCUGGAGGCCGCUCAGCAGGCCAUGGGAGCUCUAGUGAAGGGAAGGCAGUGGUGGGCAGUGGUGGGUGGUGAUGGGUGGUGGGUAGUGGUGGGUGGUGGGCAGUGGUGGGUGGUGGGCAGUGAUGGGUGGUGGGCAGUGGUGGGUGGUGGGCAGUGA